AUGUCUGCUCUAUCGUUUCUGUACUCCCAGAUAUUUGUUCGCCUCCCAGCCCCUAAGCAUGAUUUCACUGGGCAAACCAUUGUCAUCACUGGCGGCAAUGCAGGACUUGGGUUGGAAGCUGCACGGUACUUCCUCAACCUGAAUGCAUCCGAGAUCAUCCUUGGUGUUCGAAGCCUCGCAAAGGGUGAAAAUGCAAUUAAGGAUUUGGAGAGUUCUACCGGGCGGUCAGGCCAAAUCCGUCUCUUUCAUAUAGAUAUGGAAAAUUAUGCGUCCGUUCAGGAGUUUGCUGCCUCUAUUUCCAAACUGCCGAAGGUUGACGUUCUUAUGCUCAACGCCGGGAAGCUGGAGCAAAAAUUUUACCUGGCGGAGGAGGAUGAGAGCACAAUCACAGUCAAUGUUGUUAGCACCUUCCUGCUGGCCCUGUUGUUAUUGCCAAAACUUCGCGCUUCGGCUACCGAGAAAGGACCAAUCCCUCGACUCUGUAUUGUGGCAUCCGACCGACAUGUCAUGACCAAUUUGCCUGAAUGGAAAACUCCCAACACAUAUUAUGCCUCGAAAUUGCUCCAAGUGUUAUGCAUGAGGGCACUGGCAGCAGAUAUAGCUUCCACAACUCCCCAAGUUGUUGUCAACGCCUUUACCCCAGGAUAUUGUCUCACCAAUCUAGUUGAUGGGGUAACAGGAUUCUGGGGGCUCCAGCUUCAAAUUAUGAAAUUGAUAGCCCGAUCAGCCCAAGAAGGAUCCCGCACACUGGUUCAUGCCGCUACCUUGGGUUGGGAAGGGCAUGGACAAUAUCUCAAUGACUGCAAGAUCGACGAGGGCGCCUUAUCCAAAUUCGUGAAGAGUUCAAAUGGGGCACAGGCACAGAAGAAAGUUUGGGGAGAAUUGCUGGAGAAAUUGGAAAAAAUCUCCCCGGGGAUAUCUGGAAACAUUUAA